ACUUUUUUUGUAGUUUUCGCUUCCCGGCUCAUCUUUGUGUUGCUUCUUUCGCAUAAUUGCUUUUAUCAUUAUUAAGUAUUAAAAAAAUGUACAUAUACAUAGAAGUGAAAAAACAUUCAGUAUACAUUUUAUCAUUUUAAUACUAUCACUCGAAAGUGAGAACUUUCUGAAAUGUUAUAACAAUUGUUUAAUUAUGUGAACAUUUUUUCUUUUUGUUGUUACAAAACGACAACAACGUUUUAAUUUAAUUUUGCGCAUUUAAAAAGUUUGAGAAAAUGAAAUUUCUAGAAGCAAAACUUGUAACUCUAGGGCGAUAUGGAGUAGGAAAAUCUGCUAUAGUUAAAAGAUAUGUCGAUAAAUCAUUUGAGCCUGCCUACCGACAAACAAUAGGAGCAUGUUUCUUAUGGUGCAAAUUAAAUGUUGAAGAUAUAAAUCUGACAUUACACAUUUGGGAUACUGCAGGAGAAGAAAGAUUCCAAUCGAUAAUGCCAAUGUACUACAGAGCGGCGAAUGCAGCUUUAUUAGUAUUUGAUCUAUCAUCUUAUGAAUCAUUCGUAACUCUAAAACAAAUGCUCAUUAAAUUUGAAAGAAAUUCAGAUGAACAUGUCGUUAGACUUUUGAUUGGCAACAAAUUAGAUUUGAAAGACAAAAGAGAUGUUUCUGAGAAGGAAGCAAGAGAGUUUGCUUCUAAAAUUGAUGCUUCCUACCAUGAAGUAUCAGCUUUAGCAGAUAUAGGAAUCGAUGAGAUUUUUCACAAAGCAUCAUCUGAAUUAGUUAAUCUUAUUAAUCAAAAGAAGGAAACAACCAUGAAAUUUUACGAAUGUAACAAAUUAAUAGAUAACAGUCGCAAACAAGUUUUAAAAUUGCUAAAUGAUUCAAAUGGUAGCAGAAAAACUAAAAAGAAAAAGUGUUCCUGUAAGUAGCUGUACUAUUUUUGAAAUUUUUUAUACGAAAGAUUGGAUAUUUUUACUAUUACCAGAUAUAACUUCCGUUAUUUUUAGGGUUUUGUACAUCGAAGACUUAUCCAGAACCUUUAUAAAAAAAGACGUAAAAAAUAAUAAAACUUCUCCAUUUGAUAUCCUUAGAAAAACUUAAGUUAAUUUGCUUGAUGUACAGAACCCUAGUAGUAUUUUUACUCUAAGACUAUUUGUAAGAUAUUUUUAUAUUUAUAUUUUAUAUUCACUAUUUUCUACGACUAUUUUUAUCAUUUAUUGUUAUGUUUACUCUUGAGUCUCUGGAUUCUAAAACUUGUUUUAAGCUUUAAAAAUUGUUAGAUAUAUAAUUGUGUAUGUUUAUAUAUCGUUUUUUGAAAAUAUUUAGAAAAGUAUUAUGGUUGUACCACCGGAAAAGUAAAACCACACAAUUUUAACUAACAUAUGUAUUGUGGUAAAAUGGUCCUCAGAAUUUUAUAUGCGGUUUUACUGUUCAGCAUGUCCGGUUAUGUUAAAAAUGCAUGUUUCAGUAUUUCCAUAUAAAAAAAAUUAUUGUUAGAAAGAAAAUAUUCUUUUCUUAUUAUUAUAGAAUAGAAAAUUAUAUAAAUCCUAAAAGAUUUUGUAAUUCACGUUUACGAUCGACAAUUUAAAAGAAAAAAUGUUUCUCUACAAAAAUUACUGUUUUGUUCGAAAACAUUCUCAAAAGAAACAUUUUUAGACAAAGUUUACUAUUUUCUUUGUGAAAAACAUAAUUUCUAAUCAUUAAAAAUAAACGUUGUAAACGUCACCGACACGCGACUUUAAAAGAGUCAAUCAAUUAUACAUGAAAUGUGAUAAUUUUUCAACUUUGUCAAUUGUUCAUAAAUUAUUAGAAAGUAAUUAUAAAAAAAAAUUCACAAUAAA